AGGUGUCCAUAGCUGCCGAAAAUGAUGGGCGAAGAAGAUUAGCGACCCCCGGUAUCAGUAGUGAUCCAUGUGAGGCUUCUAACUAGCACAGCCUAACUAGGGUUUGGAUUUUUUAAAAUUAAUUUAUGAGUAUUUUCAUCGAAGUGAAAACUCACAGGUAAAGCAAUAAGAUGCCUAAAAAGACAAAAGAAGAAGUUGAGUGGGUGGACGAGGACGCAGCUUUGGUGGCAGAGAAAACUGUGAAAAAGGGGAAGAAGGAUAAAAAGGCAAAAAAGAGUUUCUUUGAGGAGCUUUCAACAGAUGUUAAACCUGAGAAGGUUGAUGAGCUGCCAGCAAAAGAAACUCAAGGAAAGCAGCCCCUUAAAAAGAAAAAAGAUCGGAGAGCAAGAAAAGGAUCUGAUGAUGAUGAGGAAGAUGUAAGGCUGAGACUGAAAAAGCUCUCAGUCCAAGCAGAUGAGGAAGAUGAGCCAGUUGUUUCCUCAAACAAAGGAAAAAAGGUGGGAAAUAUUUUUGCUGCUCUCAGCCAAGGGCAGAGCGACGAGGAUGAGGAACAAGAUUCGUACGAUGAAGAUGACCCAGAGAAACCGGAAGUUAAGAAAGCCAGAGAUAAGGACGGCUCAGACUCCAAGAAGAUGAAGAAAGCAAAAGCAGCAGAGAAAUCACACAGCAUGGAGGAGGAUGAAGAGGAGGAAGAUGGCGACACAAUGCUGAGUGCAGAGGAUGUAAUUGCUGAGCAGGCCGAUCAGUCAGCUGAUGACCCGUACGCGAACCUCAGCAAAAAGGAGCGAAAGAAGAAGAAGAAGCAGUUGGACUUUGAGCGUCAGGUUGCCAGUGUUCGAGCUCAGAACGCUCUGGAGGAAGAUUUCUCCGUGUCUCAGGCUGAGGUGUCCUCCAGACAGAUGUUGGAGAACGCCUCAGACAUUAAGCUGGAACGGUUUAGCAUCUCAGCUCAUGGAAAGGAGUUGUUUGUAAAUGCUGACCUGCUAAUCGUUAGCGGGAGGAGAUAUGGUUUGGUUGGACCAAAUGGCAAAGGAAAGACAACUUUAUUGAAACACAUAGCGAACAGAGCUCUCAGUAUUCCCUCUAACAUUGAUGUGCUGCUGUGUGAACAAGAGGUGGUAGCUGAUGACACGCCGGCGGUACAGGCUGUCCUCAAGGCUGACACCCGCCGCCUGAAACUCCUGGAGGAGGAAAAGCAGCUCCAGGCUCGGCUGGAGAAAGGAGAGGACAGUGUUUCUGAGAGGCUGGAGAAGGUCUACGAAGAGCUCAGGGCUAUUGGGGCUGCAGCGGCCGAGGCCAAGGCCAGAAGAAUCCUGGCUGGUUUGUCCUUCACACCUGAGAUGCAGAACCGGCCCACUAAGAGGUUCUCGGGAGGCUGGAGGAUGAGAGUUUCCCUUGCCAGAGCACUGUUCUUGGAGCCCACUCUGCUCAUGCUGGAUGAACCUACCAACCAUCUGGACCUAAAUGCCGUUAUCUGGCUCAACAACUACCUUCAAGGCUGGAAGAAGACACUUCUCAUCGUGUCUCACGACCAAAGUUUCCUUGAUGAUGUGUGUACUGAUAUCAUCCAUCUGGACAACCAGAAACUCUACUACUACAGGGGGAACUACUUGACCUUUAAGAAGAUGUACGUGCAGAAGCAAAAGGAGCUGCAGAAGCAGUAUGACAAACAGGAGAAGAAGCUCAAAGAUCUCAAGGCUGGAGGGAAGUCCACCAAACAGGCCGAGAAGCAGACUAAGGAGGCUCUGACCCGAAAGCAGCAGAAAGGAAAGAAGAAGGGCGGCCAGGAGGAGGAGAGCCAGGAGGCCCCGGAGCUGCUGAAGCGACCCAAGGAAUACACUGUCAAGUUCACCUUCCCCAACCCACCUCCUCUCUCUCCACCUAUUCUGGGACUACACAGUGUGGAUUUUGGUUACGAAGGCCAGAAACUGCUCUUCAGAAACGUGGACUUUGGCAUUGACAUGGAUUCCAGGAUUUGUAUUGUUGGACCCAACGGAGUCGGAAAGAGUACUCUGCUGCUGCUGCUGACGGGGAAAUUAAAUCCUACUAAAGGUGAGAUGAGGAAGAACCAUCGCCUGAAAGUGGGCUUCUUCAAUCAGCAGUAUGCUGAUCAGCUGAUCAUGGAAGAAACGCCCACAGAGUAUCUGAUGAGGAACUUCAACCUGCCAUACCAGGACAGCAGGAAGUGUCUGGGAAGGUUUGGUCUGGAGAGUCAUGCCCACACCAUCCAGAUCUCCAAACUGUCAGGGGGUCAGAAGGCCAGGGUCGUGUUUGCUGAGCUAUCCUGUCGUCAGCCAGAUGUUCUCAUCCUAGAUGAACCCACCAAUAACCUGGACAUUGAGUCCAUUGAUGCUUUAUCAGAGGCCAUCAAUGAGUACAAAGGAGCGGUGAUCAUCGUGAGUCACGAUGCCCGGCUCAUCACGGAGACUCAGUGCCAGCUGUGGGUUGUCGAGGACUGCACCGUCAACCAGAUUGAUGGAGACUUUGAUGACUACAAACGGGAGGUUCUGGAGGCGCUUGGAGAGACGGUGGUGAACAAGAUCAACCCAUAAUGGGUCCUUACGUGGACUGACCCAGGAUACAGGACCAACCAGAUUAUCUGACAAGUCAAUAAAGUCUUCACCCAUC